AUGGUGGGCCUACUUCGCACCGCGUUCUUCAGUGCAUGCACGCUCUCAGUGGUUGCGGGCGCCGCCUGCUCAGCGACCGACCUCGCUCUCCCGCUACUUCCCGUGCUCGCGAGCACCAACUAUGCCAAAUGCACGAACGAGAGCGGCGUCGCGAUCUCUAUCGCGGGCCCGACACCAAAUGCAACGAGUCUCGCGGCCAUCGCCAAGACGCCCAGCUGCGAUGUGCUCUUCACGGACGUCCAGACAGCUGUCGCCAAGGCCAACCUCAACUGUACGGUCGGCAACGUCACCGUCUCGGCCUUCCUUGGCACGUCGCUCUCGUCGUUCUUGACCAACCUGGGGCUCUACCUCGGCAGCUCGACACCGGCGCCAACGACCAAGCCGUCGACAGCUACCGUUGUGGCGCUUCCGACCGUGACCAUCGUCAUCGCCACCGCGUUUGCGCUGUCUGUUUAA